AUGGUGAAGGGGAAGGAGAGCCCGUCGAACAUCGAGAUUUACCUCAGGCUGAGGCCAGUGCCCCGGCCCAGCCCCAACUUGACAUGGGACCCCAUCGAGAGCACUGUGCUGUUCCAGGCCCCGAAGGACGCCGGCAUGGGGUACGUGAACAAUCAGAGAGAGGCCCAGGAGUACAAGUUCAAUGGCAUCCUCGGGCCGGACUCCAAACAAGACGAGGUGUUCACUCGCGUUGCGCAGCCCGUGGUGGCCAGCGCGCUCGACGGGUUCAACGGGACAGUGUUCGCGUACGGCCAGACGGGCUCCGGGAAGACGUUCACCAUCACGGGAGGCGCGGAGCGCUACGUGGACCGCGGCGUCAUCCCGCGGGCCAUCUCCCACGUCUUCUCUGAGAUCAACAAGCGCUCCGACUGGCAGUUCACGGUGCACAUCUCGUACCUCGAGAUCUACAACAACACGGGGUACGACCUCCUGGACCCGCACAAGGACAUCCAGAUGCUCGAGGACCUCCCGAAAGUCAACUUGCUGGAGGACGACGACGGCAACAUGCACUUCAAGAACCUGAGCGCGCACCGCGCGACGUCGGAGGAGGAGGCGCUCAACCUGCUCUUCCUCGGCGACACGAACCGCACGAUCGCGUCCACGCCCAUGAACAUGGCGUCGUCGCGCUCGCACUGCGUGUUCACCGUCGCGCUCGAGGCGCGGCGGCCCGGGUCGGACACCGUGCGGCGCUCGAAGCUCAACCUGGUCGACCUCGCCGGGUCCGAGCGCGUUUCGAAGACCGGUGCGGACGGCGCGCUGCUGCAGGAGGCGCGGUACAUCAACGUGUCGCUGCACUUCCUGGAGCAGGUGAUCGUGGCGCUGCAGGAGCGGAGCAUGGGGCAGGCGCGACGGCACGUGCCGUACCGCAACAGCAUGAUGACGAUGGUCCUGCGGGACUCGCUGGGCGGCAACUGCAAGACCACGAUGGUGGCAACCAUCAACCCCGAGACCGCGCAGCUGGACGAGAGCUCGUCGACGUGCCGGUUCGCGCAGCGCGUCGCGCUCGUCAGCAACGAGGCGUCGAUCAACGAGGAGAUGGACCCGUCGCUGCUGAUCCGGCGCCUCAAGCAGGAGGUGCGCGACCUCAAAGACCAGGUCCGACUGCUCAAGGGCGACGACCAAGGGCGCGGGGAGCUGACUCAGGAGGAGUUCGGACACCUGCGGAAGCUGGUCGGCGAGUACGUCGGCAGCGCGGAGCCGGACGCCGCGCUCAACCUGGGGGGGGACAUGGCGUUCAUCAAGGGGGCGUUUCAGGUGUUCAAGGAGAUGCUGCGGUCAGGGGGGGGGAGUGUUGCGGGCGGGGGCGCGAUGGUGCCGCGCGCGAGCGCGAAGCAGGUGGAGGAGGAGGAGGUGCCGGAGGGCGGGGGUUCAGGGGGGGGAGUGCCGGGGGGGGUCCCGCAGGAGGAGGUGCAGGCUUUGGUGGACCAGGCGCGGAAGCUCAAGCUGCAGCUGCAGCAGCGCGACAACGAGAUCUCGAUCCUCGUCAACAUGCUCAGCAAGCGCGACGGGUCCGCGGCCGCCGCCGCGGCCGCUGGGGGCGUGUCGGCGGCCGCCGCUGCGCAGGCCGCGGGAAUGCCGCCGCUGCAGCGCCCGUCCACCGCGCAGCUCAACGCGUCCGCCGUGUACGCCACGCCCGCCGCGGACGCGCCGGCCGCGCAGGGCGACGCCCAGCGGGGGGAGUCCCAGGCCGCAAUUGACAUGCUAAUGGACCCCGCCAUCCUGCAAGACCGGAACCGCGCGUUCGAGCUCUUCCGGAAGAGCUACCGCAAGUCCCAGGCGAUCGAGGACAACAAGAUGCUGCUCAAGGAGAAGUACGACGCCGCGAAGGCCCUCGGGCACCGCGUCAACGCCGCGAAGGGCCGCAUCAACGAGCUGAAGGGCGCCAUCGAGAGAGAACGGAUGCGACAGUCGGCGGCGGCGCUCUCGGACCCCGACGCGCCCGCGCCGGAGGAGUCCGAGGCCGAGGCGAGGCUGCGGCACGAGAUCGAGACCGAGAAGGCGGCGUACAGGGAGGCGUUCGAGGGGUUGAAGGCGUACAAGCACGAGAUCGAACACAUCCAGAUGCUGCUCGAGAAAUCCCGCCGGAACCUGCAGAAGGACUUCGAGCAGUGGCUCGCGGUCAUGGUGCGCCAGACCGGCGGCGCCGGCGCCGCUCCGCCGGCCAACGGCAGCGCGGGGGCGCCCAGCGGGAGCAGCACGGUGCGCGUGGUCAAUGGCGGCGGUGCGCCGCCGCAGCCCGCGGCGUCCUCGCUGCAGGACGCGCUGCGCGCGAAUGCGGGCGCGGCGCCUGCGCCUGCGCCUCAGCCCGCUGCUGCGGCCGGGGCCGCGGGGGGUGCGGUUCAGGACCCUGAGGUGAUGCGACUAGUGCAGCCCAUGUUGACGGGCGACGAGGCCGCGGACCGCGACAUCAUCAAGUUCUUCCAGGCGCGGCAGUCGCUGCUGAAGCAGCGGAGCGGGCCGCUUCAGCCGUAG